UCGUCCUCCUCCAGCUCCAAAGGCCAAAAGGCGCAUCAGUCUUCUUCCAGAUUCAAACAAUCUUGCAGCGAAAAGAUGUCUCGCCGAUCGCUGACUCUCUUGAAGAAUCUAGCUAGAAGCGCGAAUGGUUCAGCUAUCCAGACCCGAUCCGUGACUUACAUGCCCAGACCCGGCGAUGGAGCACCACGCGCCGUGACGCUGAUUCCCGGCGACGGGAUCGGUCCGCUGGUGACGAACGCCGUGGAGCAGGUGAUGGAAGCGAUGCACGCGCCGAUCUACUUCGAGAAGUACGAUGUGCACGGAGAAAUGAGCCGUAUGCCACCGGAAGUGAUGGAGUCGAUACGGAAGAACAAAGUUUGCUUGAAAGGUGGGCUCAAGACUCCAGUCGGUGGUGGUGUGAGCUCGCUCAACGUGCAGCUCAGAAAGGAGCUUGACCUCUUUGCUUCUCUGGUCAACUGCUUCAAUUUGCCUGGUUUACCAACUCGCCACGAAAACGUUGACAUCGUUGUGAUUAGAGAGAACACCGAAGGCGAGUAUGCUGGGCUCGAGCACGAGGUUGUUCCUGGUGUCGUCGAGAGCCUUAAGGUGAUCACGAAGUUCUGUUCGGAGCGUAUAGCAAAGUAUGCUUUUGAGUAUGCAUACCUUAACAACAGGAAGAAAGUGACAGCAGUUCACAAGGCUAACAUCAUGAAACUUGCAGAUGGGUUGUUCUUGGAAUCUUGUCGAGAAGUUGCUAAAAAGUAUCCAAGCAUCACCUACAAUGAAAUUAUUGUCGAUAACUGCUGCAUGCAGCUUGUAGCGAAACCUGAGCAAUUCGACGUCAUGGUAACGCCCAAUCUCUACGGUAACUUAGUUGCAAACACUGCUGCUGGUAUCGCUGGAGGCACAGGAGUCAUGCCUGGAGGAAAUGUUGGGGCUGACCAUGCGGUCUUUGAGCAAGGUGCUUCGGCAGGAAAUGUCGGGAAAGACAAGAUAGUAAGGGAAAACAAAGCAAACCCAGUGGCGUUGCUUCUCUCGUCAGCGAUGAUGCUUAGACACCUUCAGUUUCCUUCGUUCGCUGACCGGCUUGAAACAGCAGUGAAAAGAGUCAUCUCUGAAGGAAAGUGCCGGACUAAAGAUCUUGGUGGACAAAGCACUACUCAAGAGGUCGUUGAUGCGGUCAUUGCAAAUCUAGAGUGACUUUGACAAAUUUACUUUGGUCUCUCUCUCUCUCUCUCUCAAAUUCCUGCUACAGAUUUUCUGUAGCCGAAAUAUAUAUGGGUAUGAUCCACGGUGUCUGGUUUUGUACCUUUGAGUCUCAUUUAUUCUUUAAACGUAACUCCUCGAAACUUUCAAUCAGAUUUUUGUAUUCCAAAUAACUCAUGUUGUUACGCUUGUUGGGUUUCGCCGUCUCAAAAUUAUUGAGAAUUGAAUAAAAAUUGGUUGGGUUUAAAA